AUGAACCUCCUCGGUGAGCUGGCGAGCAGCUCUUCGGCGCUGCUCUUUGGACCUCCAGCACCUGUGGCGAAAGAUCCACCGCCACCGCCGAAGCGCACAGCCAUGACUGCGUCGAGAAAAGCCGCGCUGCUCAAGCCGAACCUCGGGCUUGCCGAGCAAGCACAGGAAGGUACGAAGGAUGAGGCGCCGCUGCCGGUGAUACCAGAGACGGAGAAUAAGGCUGCAUCGGUGCUGGUGAGCACGGGCGCUUCGGCGCUCAGCUUCCUCGGCAGCACCGUGGUCAGUCUCACCUCGGCAGCCGCGUUGGCUCUCGUCUCGCCGCAUCCAGCCGCCGAAACCGGCAGCGCAAACACAGCAGCGCCAGGGGAGAAAGAAGGAGGCACGGUAUUGGGCACUCUAUCGUCGGCGGUGUUUUCAUCUGCUGCUUCGGUGCGCGAUAUGGUGCUCGGAUCAGCCGACGCCACCUCAACCAACGAUGCUGGAAAGGAUUCGGCGCCGCCGAGGGUGAAGCGCGCAUCGACGUUGCCCGUGCAGCUGACGGCGACGGGGGAGCCGUUCUCGGACGACCCGAGCGUAUCGGCCAUGCAGCGCAUCCCAGACCAUCCAUGCGGCCAUGUUGCGCACCACAAGCUCACGCACUGCUGCUCGGCACCUGCCAUCCCCACCACCGCAUGCACAUGCACAUGCUCCACCACCAAAGACCCACAGUGCGAAUGCGACUGCCACCUCAACGCCGCCAACGCACGUCGAGACUCGGGCCACUUUCACCGCGUCGAACAGCUGGUCAAGGGCACCAAACGGGUUGUGCGCGACAUCAGAAACGUCCUCUGA